CAAAUUGACAUAUCAUUGUUUUGUUAAAAUCUCGGUGAUGUCAUCUAGUUUUUGGUGUUUUUCACCUUCAAAUUAACAUUUUCAAAUAUAUCUGUGCGAGUUUGUGCCCUUUGAAAUAACAUUCAUUUAAAGCUUAAUAUGGCUGAUCCCAAGUUCCAGUUCUUACCGUACAUCGCUCACGAUCAACCGGACGUUUACGAAACGCCAGAUGUCCCAGAAUCGGAAACAUCCGAUUUCUACGAUGAAGAACCCUCGAAUGAAAGUAUCGAGCGUCUGCACAUAUCAACAAAAGAUUCGUACAACAAAUUCAAAGGGAAAUAUCUAACCGGAAACGUCGAUUUUAGUGACCGGAUUGGCAAGAAGUUCCGCGUUGGAUACGAUGCCCGUAGCGGGGAAUGGGAUUUGGCUGGAGAUGGCGAACAGGAAACUCCGCUUCAAAAAUGUCUUCGUCUACAAUGCGAAAUGAAUGAGCUGAUGGAGGAAAUAGCGGUUUCCCAAGCGGAUGCCAACAAAAGUAAGGAAGAAAAAGCCUCUUACGCGGCUGUGUUUGAAGCUGUUGGCACCGCCAAAAAAGUACUGGAUAGCUUGAAACUUGAACAAGCAAUCGGCAGUGAGGUGAUCUCUGCCGGAGGGGAUGCUGAAGCAAAAGUACUUUUGGCGAAGAUUGAGGAAUACAAGAAGUCCGGUGGUGCCGAUCCUAAUAAAACCAUAACUGAGUUAACUUACAUCACACGAAUCGCCGAAUUGGAACAUCGUUUACAUUUGCUAGAAACAGCUGUCGGUGCUAAGCCGGAGAAAAUAAGUCGACUGGCCGGGUCCGCUGGAGCGGGAAAUCUGAUCGAAGCUGUGCAAGCUAUUUCGGCGAAAGCUGCACUGCUCCAACCCCAGCAACUGGAUUUGAUCGAGGCUCGGUUGGGAAAUUUGGUUCAGAAAAUGACCGCCAUCGAGGAAAAGUCCUCGGCGGAAGGGCAGGAUGCUAAUCGAGAGCAAAAGAUUUUGGAACUGUACGAAAUAGCUAAAUCAACCGAACCGAUUGUGCAAAUUUUGCCCGACAUGUUGCAACGCAUGCAAACGUUGGAGUCGCUUCAUAAAUACGCAACUAAUUUCAGUAAGCUGUUUGCUGAACUGGAAUCAAGUCAAGCCAGUAUUCUGAAUGGAAUUGCUGGCAAUAAGGCGCUCCUGAGUGGGGUGCAAGAAGCGUUUGCACAAAACAUCGAAAAUGUGAAUAAAGAGGUUAAAAAGCUGGAAGAACGAAUGAAGACUUUGCAAACGAAGGUAAAGUAAAUCAUUCCCUACCCAAGCAUAUUUCAUACUGAAGGCUCAUAUGCCGAACAUGAUCUAAGUUAAUCGAAGUUGUACUCAAUUAUUGUGUCUAACAUAACAUAUAAUUAUAUUUAUUCUCAGUAAAAUCACGAAAUCAAAUGAAAACUUUCAUUAGAAAUGUCCGGUCAAAAGAUGACUUUCAGUUCAAAAUAGGAUUAUUUGGAAGUGUGAUAAUAAUAAAACGUUCAAUUAAUAAACGCGAUAUACUUACUA